UCAUCACUGUCAGUGGCCAACUUGCCUGUCCCAUGCUAUCAGGGAAUGUGACGGCCACAGAUCAAAGCCACAGAGUUCUCGAACCCUCUUUCACCACCAGUGGCUCACGGUUCAAACCUUGGGUGAGAAAUCUGAAUAUCAGAACUCGCUUAGCUGACUAAUGCUUUCACAGAUCUUGGGAGGCUCGAUUUCCCCUUUCCCAUAAGUGGAUCGGAUCCAAUUCGACAGAGGCGACCGCCUGCCAUUUACACAAGGGUCUGUAAAACUCGCCAAACUUCCUCAUAAACUCCCAGCAAAGAGGGUCUCGUUUUAAAGAAACUCCCGGCUGAUAUCGGACUCCAGAGUGGUGGACGAGGUAUUCCAGACCCAGCAGUCGGGGGGGAGAAAAGGUGAUGUAUAGUUAUCCUUGACUCCUGGUCCCCUCCCCCCAGAGAUGCUUCACUUCCCAUGGGGCUUUGCGGUCGUCCUUCCAUUUCUUCUCAGCCUGGCUUCCGAUCCCCGUGAUCCUUGCUACGAUGUCAACCGACGGGCACGCUACUGCCUCCCAGAACUGUCCGAACUGGCGUCAGGCCACGUGGUGGAAGCGUCCAGCACAUGCGGCCGACCUCCUGGGCGAGUGUGCGCCUUCCGGGAUCCCACCGACGUUGCCUCCAAGUUCUGCCAGCGCUGCAAAGAAAACUCCCACCUGGCGGAGUACCUCACGGACCCUGAGGGUGGCGCCACUUGCUGGUGGUCGCAGCCGGCGGCUAACGCCACGCUCACUUUGGCUCUGGGACGCCGUGUCGAAGUUCUCUACGUGGCCCUCCGGUUCUGCUCCCCACGCCCAGAAUCCUUGGCUAUUUACAAGUCUAUGGACUACGGGCGCACUUGGGUGCCCUUUCAGUUCUUCUCCGCCCACUGCCGGCGGCGUUACCACUUGCCGGCGACGACUGCUAUUUUGAAGUCCAUGGAGCACGAGGCGGCUUGUAUUGAUGCCCAAACGGCCCCUAAGCCUCUAGCUGGGGGGUUGGUAGCGUUCAUGCCUCUGGCGGGCCGUCCCUCGGCCAGGAUGUUUGAGUAUAGUCCCGUCCUGCAGGACUGGGUGACCGCCACAGACCUCCGGGUGUCGUUUGACCGCAUGCACUCGACACGGACGCUGGGGCUACGAAGAAAGGAGGUGUCCUACGGGGUGUCUGAGGUGCAGGUUGGGGGAAGGUGCAAAUGCAACGGCCACGCGUCACGAUGCGCAGCCGGAAAAGACGGCGGGGUGCCACAGUGUGACUGCCAGCACAACACAGCUGGGCCAGAAUGUGAUACCUGCAAGGCUUUCUACUGGGAUAGACCCUGGCAACGGGCAACACCCAAAGAUGCGCAUGAGUGUGUGGCUUGCAACUGCCACCUCCACUCUCACCGCUGCCGAUUUAGCAUGGAACUCUUCGAACUCUCGGGGCGCCAAAGCGGAGGGAUCUGCCUGAACUGUCGCCACCACACCGCCGGCCGCCACUGCCAGUACUGCCUGCCGGGCUUCAAACGUGACCUCAGCCGCUCCAUCACCAGCAGUAAGGCCUGUAAAGCCUGCCAGUGCCACCCGAUCGGAGCCGUGGGUGCCAUUUGUAACCAGACGACCGGUCAGUGCCAAUGCAAGAACGGAGUCGCUGGGCUAACCUGCAACCGCUGUGCCCAAGGUUUCCAGCAAAGCCGCAGCGCUCACACCCCCUGCAUCCGGAUCCCAGAAGUGACGACGACAGUGGCCCCCCCGCAGGAAUGGAAUGCAGGCACUGAAUGUCAGACCCACUGUGAACCGCCACGGGGACGCGUCCACAUGAACUUAAGAAACUACUGCAAGAAGGAUUAUGUUCUCCGCGCACAGCUCCUGGCCGCGGAAAAGCUGGGCACAUGGUGGAAAUUCACCGCCACGGUCCUAACAGUCUACCGCCAGCGCCACGUGCCCAUUCGGCGGGGUGAACAGCCGUUCUGGGUCCCUGAGCAGGAUCUGGCAUGCCAUUGCAUCUACCUCCAAGUUGGCAAAUCGUACCUGGUUAUUGGAAACGACGAAGAAUCGCCCGACCCAGCUCGCUUAAUCCUCGAUAAAAACAGCCUUGCCCUCCUUUGGAGGGAUGCUUGGGCCUACAAACUACGCAGUUUCCAGCAGCAAAGCCGAAGAGGAAAGUGCCGGGUCGCCUAAACUACCGUGUAAGCUAGGAAUCAGGCUAAAAAACAAAACUGGGGCUAUAGGCCACCCAGGUUCAAGCUCCGAGAUACACUUUAGUUCUGAAAUUGCUGCUACAGGAAUAUCCUACAUCAGUGAUGGCGAACCUUUUUGAGACCAAGUGCCCAAAUUGCAACCCAAAACCCACUUAUUUAUCGCAAAGUGCCAACACGGCAAUUUAAC